AUGCCAUUUACACAACGAGUAAAGACUAGACCGGCGCUUCGAAUCGAACUUGGAUCGUUGAGGACAUGGAUUAGGGGUCCCCAAGACGUUCAAUCGGCGUGGUCCCAUUAUUGCCACUCCAGCUCCGCAAUUCAGGUUAUGAAAUGGUUCCAAGUCCCAGACCCUGCUACAGAGUGCCUGGGUAAAGGAAACGGAGAACAACGAGACACAAGGACACGGUUCUCGCACAUGGGACUACGAUGGAAUGUCGUCAGAGAGAGCCUUGGAUCAGCUCAUCAGCACAGCCCGGGAGGGAUGACACAAUCAGUCAUGAUUUGCGCAAAAGAAGGCUAUGACCUGCGUAUCAUGCAGAUGACUCUUCUCGAGAAGAAAAAUAUUCCGUCUUGGUGCACCCUGUUUCUUCUGUUUCAGCCUCCUGUUUCCUCUGUUCGGAGAAUAAGCCCUAAUCUUGGAGAUAGUGGCCUGGCACUAACUUGGAAGCGUUAG